CUACACAUGCGGAAAGAGCAUCGCCAUCGACAGACAGGAGCGCAGCUGCUGGGACGGCUGGGAUUGUAGUAGUGACAGUAAGACUGGAGGAAGCUGCCUUUUCUGCUAAACGCAUGAGAAUCCGGCAUGUGUGCGUUAGUUGUAGUGUGCAGAACGCUUUGCAGGUUCUCUGUACAUCGCCUGAGAAUGAAGAUCCCACAGGGGUCUGUGAUAUCGACCAGAGACUGCUCUCAGGCUGGAAAUGGCAGGAACCCACUGAGAUGGGAUCUUUGCCCAGAUGAGAUCAGGACUAUGACAGACAGCUUGAUAGCUAGAGUAAAGAAGGUCUACGAUGAUGUUGGAGCUCUGCAAAUAGAAAGUGUCUCUGUUGAAAACACACUGGAAGCCUUGGCUAAUGCUAAACUGGAUUAUGCAUCAUCGCGCCACGUACUUGACUUCCCCCAGUAUGUUUUUCCCAAUAAGGAGGUCCGAUCGGCGAGCACAGAGGCAGACAAGAAACUAUCUGAGUUUGACGUGGAGAUCAGCAUGAGGGAAGACGUGUUCAAGCGUAUAGUAGCCUUGCAGAAAAGGUUUCCAGACAAUCCCGCUUCUGAAGAAAAGAGAUUCUUAGACAGACUGGUUACAUUGGGACAGAGGAAAGGAUUGCACCUCUCCAAAGAGAUACAGCAGGAAGUAAAAAGAACCUCCAAGCUAAUCAGUGAGCUGUCCAUAGAGUUCAACAGGAAUCUGAACGAGGACAAUACAUUCCUCGUUUUUUCUGAGCAUGAACUAGGAGGGCUCACUGAUAGCUAUCUCAAUGGUCUAGAGAAGACAGCAGAGGGGAAGUAUAAGGUGACACUGGAAUAUCCCAAUUACUACCCCGUGAUGAAGAGGUGUCACAAUCCUGAGACCCGGCGGAAGAUGGAAACGGCUUUUCACAGCAGGUGCAAACAGGUGAACACGGCAAUCCUUGAACAGCUAAUCCAACACAGGGCAAAGGUGGCAGACUUACUUGGUUACAGCAGCCACGCAAACUAUGUGCUGGAGAUUAACAUGGCUAAACAUGCAAGCAAUGUGUCCGAUUUUAUAGAUGCCUUCUAUGAGAGACUAAAGCCCAUUGGAAUCAAGGAAAGAAAGUACAUCCUUGCACUGAAGAAGAGGGAGUGCUUGAUGAAGGGCUACCAGUUCGAUGGGCAGAUCAACGCCUGGGACUUGCCCUACUACAUGAACCAAGUGGAGCAGUGCAAGUUUGCUGUGAACAAGGACAAACUGAUUGAGUAUUUCCCCCUCGAGGUGGUGACAGAAGGGCUGUUUGGCAUCUACCAGGAGCUGCUGGGCCUCGCAUUCGAAGAGGUUGAGUGUGCUCAUGUUUGGCAUGAAGAUGUCAAACUUUACUCAGCCCGCGACACUGAGACGGGGGAGGAAAUUGGACAAUUCUACCUGGACUUGCAUCCAAGGGAAGGGAAAUAUGGCCACGCUGCUUGCUUCGGCCUCCUGCCGGGCUGCAAAGGACCUGAUGGGAAGCGCAGGCUUCCAGUGGCUGUUAUGGUGGCUAACUUUACAAGGCCCAGAAAAGGCUGGCCCUCUCUCCUCCAACACCAUGAAGUGGAGACAUAUUUUCAUGAGUUUGGUCAUGUGAUGCAUGAGCUCUGCUCUAAGACCACCUUUUCAGAAUUCAGUGGUACUCUGGUGGAAACGGACUUUGUGGAAGUGCCAUCCCAGAUGCUUGAGAACUGGGUUUGGGAAAAGGAGCCUCUAAGAAGGAUGUCUGGCCACUACAAGGAUGGGACGCCAGUCCCGGAUGAUUUGCUGGACAAACUGAUUGCGUCCAGGGUAGCAAACACGGGUCUAAUGAACCUGCGACAGGUUGUCCUCAGUAGAGUGGACCAGUACCUUCACUCCUGCCCAAGUGCAGAUACAGCUGAGGUGUUUGCACAGCACUGCCAGGACAUUCUUGGUGUUCCUGCUACACCUGGCACCAAUAUGACAGCCAGUUUCAGCCACUUGGCUGGAGGAUACGAUGGUCAGUACUACAGCUAUCUGUGGAGUGAAGUCUACUCAAUGGACAUUUUUUUCAGUCGUUUUAAAAAGGAAGGCAUUAUGAACCCAAAGGUUGGGAAAGAGUACAGAAGGGUGAUUCUGGAAGCCGGAGGCUCUGUGGACGGGAUGGACAUGCUGAAGAGCUUCCUCAGACGUGAGCCACACCAGGAUGCUUUCUUUCAGUGCAAAGGACUGACUACAGCUCAAGAAACAAAAACUGCAUAAAAAUGUGUCAUUUUUAUUAUGUAAUAAAAAUAUAUGCUUAAUUUUA